UGGCAGAGGGGGCGUGGCUAUGGCGGAGGGGGGCGGGGCCACGCUGCUGCUGUGCCUGGCCGCGGGCAGCGGGCUGCCGCUGUUCUGCCGCCCGCCCCGCCCCCAGCCCCCGUUCCCCCUCAUUGGGGCCCUCAAUGGCGUCCACAUGUUCGGGGCUGGAGCCGGGGUCGGGCUGCGGCGCGCGGAGACCCCCGGGACCCGGCUGCAAUGGGGCGGGGACGGGAGCAGCAUCACGUUGAUUGCAAUCAGCUCCGCCCCCGAUGCCUCAGGCCCCGCCCUCAAGCGCCUCCUUGACUCCGCCUUCGGUGCCAUGGUGCUGGUGCUGGGACUGGAUGAACUGGUUCCCAUCCGUAACGUGGAGCGGCUCAAGCGGGACCUGAGGAGCUGUUUCGUGUUAUUGGACGCGCUGCUGAGCCCCGGGGGGGGGCUGGGGCUGGGCCCCCCCAGCUGGCCCCUCCCCCCCGGACCCACCCGCGACCUCCUGCAGGACACUCUGGACGCCUUCGCUGCCGCCGCGGGCACGCGCUGGGGGUGCCUGGUGGGGGCGGGGCGGGUGCGCGCCUCCACGCGCCGCUGGGGGGCGCUGCCGAGCGCCGAGCGCGCGCUGCUGGCGGCGCUGCUGCUGCCGCGGGGGGCGGGGACAGGGGGGGAGGCCACGCCCACCGCGGCCGCACGUGACCUGCCCGUGUACCUGCCCCAGAGCAGCCCCACGGUCCCGCACCGGCUCCUGGUGCUGGGGCUGGUGGGGGGGGUGGCGGUGGCGCUGCUCUGCGGGCCCCGCCCCCCCCUGCAGCACGUGAUCACCCAGCUCGUGCCCCAGUUCUGGAGCCCGGUCUUGGAGCAGCUCCGGGGCUGCGGGAGGGGCCCCCCCGCGCCCCCCCCCCGCGGCGUCUUGGCCCGGGGUCCUGCCCCCCCAGCGCCGUGGGGCCGCCCUCCGGCACCUCUAUGCACUGAUGGCCCCCAAGUACUGCCCCGAGGAGGGGGCACCCCCCCCAGGGCCCACCCCCACGCUGUGCUACACGUCGCUGCCGACCCACACGGGGCUGGUGGUUGUGGGGCAGGGGGUGGUGCUGGUGCUGCUGCUGCCCCCCCGCACCCCACGGCAGCGCCUGCACCCACUGGGCCUCAGCUGCCUGCACGCCCUCACCCGCGGCUGCGACCCACAAGUGUGAGCCUUGACCCACAACUGGGACCCACAAGUGUGAGCCUGACCCACAACUGGGACCCACAAGUGUGAGCCUGACCCACAUCUGGGACACACAACUGGGACCCACAAGUGUGAGCCUGACCCACAACUGCGGCCCACAAGUGUGAGCCUGACCCAUAUCUGGGGCCCACAAGUGUGAGCCUGACCCACAACUGGGACCCACAAGUGUGAGCCUGACCCACAUCUGGGACACACAACUGGGACCCACAAGUGUGAGCCUGACCCACAUCUGGGACCCACAAGUGUGAGCCUGACCCAUAUCUGGGGCCCACAAGUGUGAGCCUGACCCACAACUGGGACCCACAAGUGUGAGCCUUGACCCACAACUGGGACCCACAAGUGUGAGCCUUGACCCACAACC